GCGAGUCCAGAGGCGAUUCCUGAGACUUAUGAAUGCUUUGAGGGAUUUCCAGUAGUUCCUCAAAUGACAGAGCAAGAGCUGAAAGAUAAGCAAAGAGCUGAUCCAGCAAUACAGGAAGUUGUCUUACAACUGGAAUCAGGGAAACCGUCAUUGCCUGUACUGAGGAAAGAAUUACCAGAACUCCAAUUUUUUCUGAGAGAAUGGAAAAAGUUAGAGCUGAAGGAUGGUAUUCUUUAUAGGAAAAGAGUGGUUGGUGAGCAUACUACUUACCAGCUUGUUCUUCCAAAGGAUCUGAGGCCUAUUGUUCUGGAACAACUGCAUGACAAUAUGGGUCAUAUGGGUAUGGAAAGAACCCUUGAUCUUGCUCGAGCCCGUUUUUAUUGGCCGAGGAUGGCUACAGAUGUGGAGGUGAAGAUCAAGACAUGCAACCGGUGUGUGUGCAGAAAGACUCCACCUGAGAGAGCAGCGCCAUUAGUGAAUAUUCAAGUAUCCAGACCACUUGAGUUGGUAUGUAUGGAUUUCCUGUCUUUGGAACCAGAUCGUAGCAAUACAAAGGACAUCUUGGUGAUAACUGAUUAUUUCACGAAGUACGCUGUAGCGAUCCCUACACCAAAUCAGAAGGCCAAGACAGUCGCAAAGAGCCUUUGGGAAAACUUCAUUGUGCACUAUGGUGUACCUGAAAGGCUUCAUAGUGAUCAAGGGCCUGACUUUGAGAGCAAGACUAUUAAAGAGUUGUGUGAGAUUGCUGGUAUUCGGAAAGUCAGAACCACACCAUAUCAUCCAAGGGAAACCCGGUUGAACGGUUCAACCGAACGCUGUUGAGUAUGCUGGGUACUCUGAGAAACAAAGACAAAAACCAUUGGAGAGAUUUUGUGAAGCCUGUUGUGCAUGCAUAUAAUUGCACUAAACAUGAAACUACAGGGUUUACCCCAUAUGAGUUGAUGUUUGGCCGGCAGCCUAGAUUGCCAAUAGAUCUCGCUUUUAGAGUACCUGUGAAUAACAGCCGUAAUGAGUUCCAUUCCCAGUAUGUGAAAACCUUGAAAACUCAUUUGCAGGAGAGUUAUGAGCUUGCCCGAAAGAAUGCAGCAAAGGUUGCAGCAAGGAACAAGACAAGGUAUGACAAAAGAGUGACAGAGUCUUCACUUGAUGUGGGUGACCGAAUUCUUGUCAGAAAUGUGCGUCUCAGAGGGAAGCACAAAUUGGCUGAUAAAUGGGAUUCUGAAGUAUACAUUGUGGUGAAUCGUGCUGGUGAACUUCCUGUUUACACCGUGAAACCAGAAGGAAAGGAGGGACCUUUGCGGACACUCCAUAGGGACUUAUUAUUGCCAUGUGGUUUCUUGUCACCUUCUGUGGAGGACGAAAAAAUGGUACUUAAGUCACAAAGAGGGAGAACAGUUCAGAGAGAAGUAAAUGAGGAAGAACCAGAGAGUUCAGAGCAAUGUCUGGAUUAUGAUGGAGAGGACGAUGAUUAUCUGGAGCAAGAAAUUGACCCCUGUUCCAAACCCACUCCAGUGAGAUUCGUUAAGGAGUUUGAUGUUGUCAGAGCAUCAAGAAAAAUUCCUUUCAGAAAUGUUGAACCUGUUACCCAGAUGCAACCUAAUUCAAACCUUGGCAGUGCCAACAUCAUUGAAAGUAUACAUGAGGAAUAUUCACCUGAACCAGAAUACUUACCUGAAACUCAGUCUUCUUCUGGACCAGUCUCCGUGCACAGUGAUGUGAUACCUGAAAGGGGAAGGUUGGAAGAGAGGAUAUGUCUGUCUGAAACAGAGCAACAAAGUUUGAAUGAUCCUGCUAAUUUCAGAAGGGAGAAUGAAACUAACACUAACACAGAACAAAAUCAAAAAUCCAUACCUCAUAUUCCAGUGGAAGGAGACAGAGUGGACCCAGUUGAAUCUGAAACACCUGAAGAAGAUACAGAGUCAGAUGGAUGUGAAGCUGGAAGUAGGUUAAGGAAAUCCAAAAGAGUGAGACAAAGAUCCAAAAGAUUGACUUACCCUGAGUUAGGCAAUCCCAUGAUAUCUAUUAUUCAAUCUCUUCUGCAAGGGUUGAACACAGCUUUCAUUGAAACAUUAGCAGAGCAACCCAGAUCGUUUAAACACCCUAAGAUAUAGGCCUUAACACUGAUUAGAAGGCAUCAUCACAACGCAAAGGGACUUGCGUGGAUUUAAAGAGGGAGGGUGUAACCCAUGUUAAAUGUGGUGCAAAAUAAAUAAAUAAAUAAACAAUAUAAUUGUAUAUUCUAAUAAUUAUAGUUUUCAUUAAAAAGUUGAAACGAUCUAUUAAUAAACAUUUUGAAUUAACUAUCCCAAAAUAAAAAUAAUAAGUAUAAUAAUUGAGCGCAGAACAUGUGACGUAUUACACGUAAGCACGCACGUUGUGUAUGACGCAAGCUGAUGAUUUGCGGAAGUGUGAGAGACGCGCCGAACACGAGAUGAGAUUGAUGCAGACGGGAUUAAAAAGGUGCAUAUUGUUGAAAAUCAUUUAAAAUUAUUAUAAACAGCCUUAUAAUACUUAAUGGUUAAUGAUGACAAAUCGUUUUAGAGUGAUGAUUGCUCAUUUAAUCGUGGAUGUUUGACGAUUGUGAAUCUUCUCGGAAAUCUGAAGUGUUUAACAAACUGUGAAAACUCAGGAUUUGGUCAGGUUUAUUGUUUGAGAUGGAAAUUUCUCUCAUGGAUUUGAGAUGGCGAGCCACCCAUAUCGUUGAAUGCUGAUAUCUGAGCCUGGGACGAGACUUUUUGUUGUAUACGAGGACCUUUUCGUUGCAUUAUUGACAUCACCUUUUUCCAAGCGGGAAGACAUUCUUUUUCCACCCUGAACUGGUAGGAUUGAUCUGAUUUCACUCACCCACGGGACUUUAUUAAAGCACUUUCUGGAUAAUAUUCAGAAGACAAUUUAUACAAAUAGUUCUAAUACGGGUAUUGUUCAUUGAAUACUAUUGAAUGUGAGACAGAUGUGAAUUUUGGUUUCGUUUUGUUUUUUCCUUUUAUCAUUUCAUGUGAUCUGAGUUUAAAUUGAAAUUGAAUUGUGGUUAUCUGAUAUUUUAUUGUUUUGUUUGAGAAAUUAUUUGGUUUGUCAAAACAAUAUAGAAGGUUUAAAACUAGAUUUAAAUAGUGUCAAACCCUUUAAUUCUAAAUUAAAGAUACGUAAAUCUAGAAGUUUCCAAAGUAAGGUGAAAUCAAAUAAGAAUUGUGCUAUAAUCUAUGUCUGAA